GAGAUCGAGCGCUGGUUCAGCAACAGGUGGAGCGCGGACGCGGUCUUCUACAAACUAGAAUUGGACUCAGCCGGUUCCCGAGUAUUUCAGAUGCCAGCUUUCUGUACUUGGACCUCGUACGCGCAGAGGUUGGAGGGGUCGGGCGCGGUCAAGGUGAUGCUCAAGACGCUGCUAGAGCAAUACUCAAAGCCAAAACUCUUCGGACUUCUUGGUGCUGCUAAGAAGGUCGAGGCCACGAAGACGAUCGCAACACAAUUGGAAAAUAAGUUGCUC